CCAACGAGCAGACUCAAUCCAAGCGAAUCAAAACAGUAUGGCAAAGGACGAUGCCUGCAAACACCGUUAUCAGCAUGUCGGAUCCCGACGUUCAUGCCGACGAGCCAAGAUCCAAGAUCCGGCCCAGAGAUAUCCCGACUUGAUAGAUGGCUUCAACAGACCUGACGUAGACAAGUAUCAUAUGACGUCUAGCAAGGAAUGAGGAUCUGUUCUAGAAUUGAGCUCGUGCGGGUCGAGUCUCGGCUGAUACUGGCAUUCGUCUUCCGGUGUCCUGGGGUGACUGUAUCCGAAGAUUUGAAGACACCUGAUGAUGAAAUAAUAUCCUACUACGAAAGCGUUAGACCAAAUUCUUCAAAUUGUGUGCAUUGUCUGUCUGUGGAAGUCAAACAAGUCUCUUGACAUGUAGGUGGUACAGAGCAGGAGGCAUAACAACCACGGAAUACUCUGUAAAAAUUUUUUAACAGUUUGUCUUCAAGACAUCUCUCGCACCUCCUUUCUCGCCAAACAUUGCCCGCAAAUCACCAAUGAUAGCUUCUGG